UGAGGGCCCGCUGCUCGGAAGUGGUACUGUGAUCCCUGAUCACAGUCAGCACACAACACACGCACGCAGUGCCUCUGGUCGCCGAGCUCCAUUUAAAUACGCAUUAUUAAAAGAAUAAAUCGUGCGGACUGUAGUUCCGAGGCGCAGGAGGCUCUCUUGAUGAGUGGUUGAAUUAGGAUUUGUGUAGUGAUAUCUAAGGGUGCAGUAAUGAGCUUCUUUAGUUUUGGUCAAAGUGCAGAAAUUGACAUAGUGCUGAACGACGCCGAAACGAAGAAGAAAGUAGAGCACAAGACGGAGGAUGGCAAGAAGGACAAGUACUUUCUGUUCUACGACGGCGAGACGGUGUCCGGCAAAGUGAACGUGACGCUCAAGAACCCGGGGAAAAGACUGGAACAUCAGGGCAUCAAGAUCGAGUUCAUCGGACAGAUCGAACUGUACUAUGACAGGGGGAACCACCAUGAGUUUGUGUCCCUGGUGAAAGAUUUGGCACGUCCCGGCGAGCUCACACAGUCUCAGACGUUUGACUUCGAGUUCACGCAUGUGGAGAAGCCCUACGAGUCAUACACGGGACAAAAUGUCAAACUGCGGUAUUUCCUGCGGGCAACCAUCAGUAGAAGACUAAAUGACAUCAGUAAGGAGAUGGAUAUUGUAGUCCAUACCCUCAGCACAUACCCUGAGCUCAAUUCCUCCAUCAAGAUGGAAGUGGGAAUUGAAGACUGUCUACACAUUGAGUUUGAGUACAACAAGUCCAAGUACCACCUAAAAGAUGUAAUAGUAGGGAAGAUCUACUUUCUUUUGGUGAGGAUUAAGAUAAAGCACAUGGAAAUAGACAUCAUCAAACGCGAAACUACAGGCACAGGCCCCAAUGUGUACCAUGAAAAUGACACCAUUGCUAAAUAUGAGAUAAUGGAUGGAGCGCCGGUGAGAGGAGAAUCUAUCCCUAUCAGGCUUUUUCUGGCUGGCUAUGAGAUGACCCCCACCAUGCGGGACAUCAAUAAGAAAUUUUCCGUGCGCUACUACCUGAACCUGGUGCUGAUAGAUGAGGAAGAGAGGCGCUAUUUCAAACAGCAGGAGAUCACACUUUGGAGGAAAGGGGACAUUGUGAGGAAGAGCAUGUCCCACCAAGCAGCCAUUGCUUCACAGCGCUUUGAGGGAUCCUCCAACAAUGAGAAAGCAGUUGCUCAAAACAAGGAGGAUAGCAAUUGAGUCCUGCUGCCUUGCCCCCUUGGUCUCCUGAGGAAGACAAGACUCUAACAUGUGUGUGCGUUUUUGAAACUGGGGUCAUAGGGGUACACCAUCCCACUGCCCAGCUCCUUAUUUACCGCCAACACUGGUGAGGCCAGUCUCUCUUCCAAUCAGUUACUAGGUAAAGGGAUCAGAGAGGCCAAGAAAGAACUUCUGGGUUCAUACUUUGGGAACAUUAUAGGAAAGUAAAAAGCUGCAAUUCUCCCCCUCCCCCGAUUCUUUAACUUUCAUUUCCACCCCAUAUCCUCCCUCAGAGUAUUUUUGCUUUCUUGAAAAGCAACUUGUAUGCUUAAUCCAGUAAUCCUUUAACAGGGUUUUUUUUUUAUUUUUUAAAACAUCAGUGCAACCGGUACUUACAAUUACAUUCCUCAAUUUCGAAUGAAAUUUCACCAAAAUUAGAAAAAGGGAAACUCAAAUGCUUUGUUCAUCUGUUCUGAAAUCCGUUUCCUGUUUUUUGCUUCUAAACACUUGUCAUUGUGUGGCACUAUCAUACCAGUGUUUGCCGCAGCCACACAGCAGCUCUUAACCCGUAUGCCUGUGCAAAAUGCUGUACCAAUGAUUAAGUAUUGAAGUGUUACCUCUCACAUAGUUAGCGAUUCCACACAUAGUGUUCCAUUAGUGCCCAUACAUUCCUUUGUCACAACUGAACAGACUAGUUUCUACAACAAGUUCUUUACAUGUAAGAAGUUAUUUUGUCCUAUGAUAAAUCUAGACUUCCACAGUCUUUUCUCAGAACAAUUGUCUGGAUUUUCAGAAUACAAAAUUAUACGAUGUGUGAUAACAGUGAUAUGAACUGAAGUAAAAAUAAUAGCAACUUCUGCGUUAGACCUUAGUUGGUGGAAUUUUUUUUCUUUAAAGAAAUUUUGUGGUUUGUAUAAAUUGAUCUAAAUGCCUGUUAUGAAGUAUUGACAUUAACAGUGAAUUUGGAAAAAGGUACCUGAUUUGUGACAGUGUCAAACCAUUCCGAAAAUACUUUUGGUAUCUGUAGUAGGACAUUUUCCAGUAUAAUGCCUUUUUUUGUCAUGAAUGUUUUCUUUUUACUAUUAGAUCAUUGAGAUGAUUGAAGUUUUAUUUCUAGUAGAAGGGAAGUUCAAAGGAGGCCUUAAUUGUAAGGAAUUAACUGUAGGUAGUUUUUUCCACUUGUGUAUGUCUUAUGAGAAGCAAAACAAUAACUUUAUAGGUGGCCUAAGUGUCAUCAGUAUUAAAGAUAGGAAUGAUAUUUUAAAUAUCAACACUCUUCUUUUGAGGGAAGAUGAGACAAUAAAGCGUGCAGCUGUAGACUCAAUGUGGUGGUCCAUUACCACUAUCCAUAAUGUUGUCCCUUAGCUUCUGAGGUUUUACAUGAAGAGAAUCUGAAAGUCUCCCAGUUUGCUCUGGUUUUAUGUGUACUGCUUCAAACCAUUUAAAACUUAUCAGCAUUUCAUUAAAGUAGCAGCUCCUGCCUUGGUCCUGUCUUAAUUGCCUGCCAAAAUUGUUUUCUUCGAUGUAUGUUGUGUAUCCUUACAUACAUACACGUGCUGUUUCCUCCGAAUUUUUUUUUUUUUUUUUUUUUUUACAGUUUUGGUGGUAACAUGUGAAUAGUAUUUAGUUUGAAGAAAUGUGGAGCACCUAUUCUAAGUUCUGGGUGGUGAGGGGUUAUGAAUCUUUUAUAUAAAAGCGAUCAUUAUCCGUUGCCAUGCUGAAACAAUGUUAGGGGUUUAGGACUUGCAGGCUUUGUUUGUGUUGUCAUUGAUGGCACAUCUUUUGAGAACAAACGGACAUGUGUGAUCUUGUUCAAGGUCGUCUUGGCCAGAACCACUGGCCCCUUUCGCCAAUAAAGGACUCACAUUCCACGGACUCUGAGUUUCACGGCAAGAGACAAAUUUUUCCUCCUGUAAUGUUACCCGCUGCUGUGCAUUCAUUCAUCACCUUCAGUCACUGGACUUUGUUGGGUUUCUCAGAGGAAGACUUUGCAGCGUGCCUGAUUUGUCUACUUACAGAAAGCUUCUGUUUGUGCUGUUUUGUGUGCUCUGAGUAGAGGUGCUAUGGUUAUAUUGUACAAAUACACAGCAAAUCACACUCUGGUCCACAUAAGUUUGUGCGCUGUUUUAGUUCCAUGCUUGUGUGAACCCUGUUCUCUGGGAAUUCCACGGAGCAUGUUCUAACAACUAAUUGUCACAUUUCAAAUGCUUGUGUCCAUUAACCUGUUGUCAUCCAAUUUAAAAAAAAAAAAAAAAAAAAGACUGGAAGUAAACGUGAAGUAUUCAGUAUGUAAAUUUUAAAUCACCCUUGCAUAAUAUUUUAAAAGCAAAGUUCUCUUUAUUUUUACGCUUGGAAGUAGAUCGCAUUUCAGUCUAACAUUCUUUAUAUAUUGUGCAAAAACUGCUUUAAAAUGGCAUUAGAGACAUACCUUUUAUGAUUAUAGUCCCAUAAUGUAUACUAUAUGAGUAUAUAUUUACAGAGUUGUAGGUAUAUAUGAUUUUAAAUGUAAAAUAUGUUUAAUAGCAAGCUUUAAGGUACCAGCCAGUUUGUGAAAAGGGAAGUUCAGCACACAAGUCUUUGGAAAACUAUAACUUUAGAUGUUAAUACAGAACAUAAGUACAAUGGUUUCUUAUCUUUCAAAUAGUUGUAUUUUGUGUUUCUGUAUUUUAAAGUUUUUAAUCCCAUGUCUCAGAUUAAAAAGAGAGCUGUCUAAAAGCA